UAACAGGACCUUAUCAUCAUCGGCAUCGUAAUUGGUGGGCUAGAGAAUGGCGCUGCUGCUGAGCCCGCGGGUGUUGCCGCGGUGGUGCGGCGGCGUAGGGCCGAGCAAGGGCUCCGCCUUCCGGUGCUCGUCGAUCGCCGUGGACGCGGCGGCGCCGGUGGCGGAUAUGUCGCCGUCGAGGAUCCGGUGGGGGUCGAGCAAGCUGCAGGGCCCCCGCUCCGAGAUGGAGGACGACGUCGUCGUCCGCUCCGACCCCCACGCCCUCCACGGCUUCUCCUACGCCGCCGUUUUCGACGGCCACGCCGGCUCCUCCUCCGUCCGAUUCCUCAGAGAUGAAUUGUACAAAGAAUGCUCGAUAGCUUUGCAAGGAGGGUUGCUGUUGACUAGCAAGAAUUUUGCUGCAAUAAGAGAUGCAAUUGAGAAAGCCUUUGAAAGUGUCGACAAGAGGCUCUUGAGCUGGCUUGAGCAAUUUGGAGAGGACGUGGAUUCUGGUGCAACAGCUACAGUGAUGUUUGUCAGCAAUGAUGUCCUUAUUAUUUCGCAUGUCGGUGACUCUUCUGUGGUGAUAUCCCGUAAUGGAAAAGCUGAAGUUUUGACCAAUCCUCACAGGCCUUAUGGAAACAGUAGAGUAUCUCUUGACGAAGUAAAACGGAUUAGGGCAGCAGGUGGAUGGAUUGUUGACGGACGCAUAUGUGGUGACAUUUCGGUGUCUCGUGCUUUUGGGGACGUACGAUUUAAGACGGGGAAAAAUGAGAUGCUAGUAAAAGGAGUAGAGGAGGGAAGAUGGACUGAGAAGUUUGUCUCCAGAAUACAGUUCAAAGGGGAUUUAGUCACAUCUUCACCUGACAUAUAUCAGUUAGAACUUGGAUCUGAUGUGGAAUUAAUUUUGGUAGCAUCUGAUGGUCUAUGGGACUACAUGAAAAGCUCCGAUGCUGUAAGUUUCGUUAGGAAUCAGCUCCGUCAGCAUGGUGAUGUUCAGAUAGCUUGUGAAGCUCUUGCUCGGGCUGCUCUGGACCAAAGGUCACAAGACAACAUAAGCAUAGUGAUAGCUGAUUUGGGGAGAACAGACUGGCUGAACUUGCCAGCACAAGGAGGCAACUUCUUAUAUGAAAUAAGUCAAGCUUUUGCAACUGUUGGAAUAGUCUCAUUAGGAAUCUGGAUGUCAUCUUUUCUUAUAGCAUAAUAUUACUUGAAGUGUACAUAAUAAUAGAUUGCUGCAAAGCUCUUUACUAGUAAAUGUGUAAAUUCCAUAUGUGAAAUUACAAAGUCUGUUAUCUGCCUUGUAAAUAUCUCAGCUUUUUUGUCAUCGUGCUUUCUUUAGUGCAGCUGAUUGUAUAUGCAUUGUGUCCUGCCAACGAACAUUUUUGUGCGAAUACUAUUUUAAGUUCUUGUGAAGUGAGAAUAUGAGGAUGAUUGGAAAA